GCAUUUCAUUUGACAACGUUAACGAUUCCAAAAACUUUGAAAAUAUGAAAAAUCUGUAAAACCCAGAAAAUUCCUAGAAAAUCGAACGAGCAUGUCAACCGCCUUAGGUGAAAACGAUAAGCCCACCUAUGCUGUGUUGUGCGGCGGCUUGGGAGCUGCAUUUUCCAUCAUAUUUUCAACAUUGGGUGCCUCAUAUGGCACGGCAAUGUCGGGCGCGGGCAUUGCCACCAUGGCCAUAACCAAGCCAGAACUAAUCAUGAAAUCCAUCAUACCUGUGGUCAUGGCUGGCAUUAUAGCAAUCUAUGGACUAGUUGUGGCAGUGCUUAUAUCCGGCGCCAUAGACCAGAAAUAUACCAUACAAAAGGCUCACAUCCAUUUGGGCGCUGGACUAACCGUCGGCCUGGCCGGUCUCGCGGCGGGCCUGGCCAUUGGCAUUGUUGGAGAUUCCUGUGUGCGUGCAACAGCUCAGCAGCCGCGUCUAUUUGUGGGCAUGAUCCUUAUACUGAUCUUUUCCGAGGUGCUGGGCCUAUACGGCCUGAUUGUGGCCAUCUAUUUGUACACCAAGUUGUAGUUCUUCAAUAUUAAAGCUUUACACA